CCAAAACACGUGGUCUAAAGUCCUUUGGGCUCCUGUUGCUGCCAGCACUGACAAUAUGCUCUUGACCCUGGGCGGGGUGGGCGGGGGCGGGGGGGUCUGGAUACUUCCUCUAUGGAAAGAACUGGUCACAAAACCGCAGAGGUGACUCAGGCUGAGAACCCAGGCUCCUCUUUCCCUUGGUGACACGCCCCGCCCCUCGGUCCCUCACUGGCACUUCUCCCUCCGGCCACACGGCGGCGUCUCGCGAGAGUGCAGGGGCCGAUGGUACAGCUCGCUCCCCCCUCGCGCCCUCGGACAGUGGGUCCUUCCACUUCUAGAAAAGGAUUGUGGGACGGCAGGUCGGUCUUUCUUCCUUUUGGUGCGAGCUUGGUGUGGUUUUUGCGCUGGGUCUUCCGGGAUGGCGCUUGGCUGUGGCCGCGUGGUCUCUCACGCCGGGGCGCCGGGCAGGGGAACGCGGCCACCCUGAGUCUGGUGAGUCGACUGCGGCGGCCGGACGUGUCCGAGGUGUCCGGGGCCGUGAACGCGUGAAGGGUAAACGGCCUGGCCUCGCGCCUGCGUUCCCAAGCUUGGAAACGGGGAGCUGGUGGAUUUGUGUUUAGAUCAUCGACUAUGCCCGGGAGUUCUCCAGAUAAGCCUGGUUUUAUUUUCGUUAGUGAAAAGGCCUUACCUGACUUUAUGCCUGCCCUGCCCCCGGGUAAAAUAACUUAAAAGCAGAGGGCCUGGUGACGGCUGUUUCCAUAUGCGGUACUCGGCGGCAGUGAUCACCUACCCUGCAGGUGAGUUUUCACGUUGGUGCGAGACGAGUCGCCAUUUAAAACGCAUCUCAUUUCACUUUUCAUUACUAAGUCGGAUUUUAAAUAGAAAAUUUCUCUGAAAUGUAGUGUUCGUUUUUAGGCUGUAAUCAGAUUACUGUCAGCCAGUCAGCAACCUUAUGUCCUAGAGCCGACCUCGCGCAGGGUCAGCCUUUGUGUUGC